GACCACAAGCGGGGCCGGGCUACAGAUGCUGCGGCUGCCCGGGCAGCGCUAGCACCGAGGACCUGACAGUCGGGUGACGGCCUGGGACACAGGGCAGCAGACUGGGAUAUGCAGAGAAGAGUAGCCUAAUUGUCAAGUCUAGAUCUAACAAAAACAGUGUCCCAAGAUCAUGGCAUAUUUCCCUGGAACUGGAAGAACUGAUCAAGGAACACAGCUAGUCGACUUGUCCUUGUGUGAACGGCAGCCGGAAAGCCUUGAGAACUUAUUCCUCGACCCGGACAUGGCACGGGAGAAAAUGGAAGUAGGUUCCGAAUCGCUGCCGAGUUCCACUACCGCAGACAGCAACAUUCCGAGAAGAGUCAACAGUGCCCCUUUGAUCAAUGGACUUGGUUUUAAUUCACAGGUGUUGCAAGCUGACAUGUUAAGAAUUAGGACAAACAGAGCAACGUUUAAGAAUCGACACUGUCUGUUGUUGCCACCUUCUCCCUUUCAUGGUUCCAUCAGCCGCCUUCAUCAAAUCAAACAGGAAGAAGCCAUGAAUUUAAUAACUAGAGAAACAAUGUAUGAAUGGAAAAUACAAACUGAGAUACAGAUAAGUCAAUCUUGGGAAGAAGGUUUGAAACUGAAUGACAACGGCUCACAGAAAUCAUCCUCUCUAAAGUGCAUUGAUUUAACACCAGUAUCCUCAAUGGCUUCUUCCAUCAAGAAGACUGGGAAGCAGUGUUUCUCUCCAUCAUUACAAACUUGUGUGAGUUGCACUGGUUCUCCUUCAAGUCACAUUCCCAGUCCUACGCAACAAUACAUCAUAAGAAGUCAAAAUCCUACCAACAUUAUUAGACCAAGUAUCCUUGGACCAUUAAAAAGAAAAGAUGAAAUGGCAUUUCAAUAUCAACCAAAAAGGAUUUUCCAAGGCACAACCAACAUACUUUCUUCUGAUACUUCCCAACUGUCAGAAAAUAAUGGGUGUCUAUUUCCAGCUACUUUUGAUGGAAACAACAGCAAUGCUGGGUCUUUUGGUAAUUCAUCAACUGAAAUCGGCACUGUCACAAACUCUCCUUUGUCACCUUCUGAUACUGGUUCUCAUUUGUUCUAGUAGUUGAACUUUCAACUAAAUGGUUCACCCAUCCCAAGACUUUCUCACCAAUGGAGAAACACACACAUCAAGCAAACCAAGUCAGAGCAAUGAGAAUUGUACUUUAUAAUUUAAACUAUCUCCUAUUUAUCUUUUUUCCUCAAUUUCCUAAAAUUCUAUUUAUCUACAGAACUUGUGUGUACAAUUUUUGUGUAUGUCCUUAAAUUCAAUGUAAUAAUAUUUUCAAAGAUGUUUUCCAAAUAAGAACUACAUUGAAGAUACAAGCAUAAAUUGUUAGGCUGCUAUUGUCUAGAAAAUGCUGUACCUUAACUUUUUAAAAUAAUCUUAUGAAACAUAAUUCUGAUAAAAUAUAAUUGUUCAAUUAACAAAGUAAAA